UACUUUGAAACUAUUGCCCGGUCCUAUUCCGUCUAGCUUGAAAGUCGUAGUGGAAGUCGGGACUCGGCUCCUCGCAGACUGGCUGUACCAAGUUGUUGCUCGCUGGUGCCAACGCCCGGCGAAACAGACUGCUAACGUUAGCUAGCAGAGACAUAGAGGGACACAGGUAGCGUGAUUGCCAGCAGCGUCAGAAAGCACAGAGAUGCAGACUAUCAAGUGUGUGGUGGUGGGUGAUGGAGCAGUAGGAAAAACUUGCCUGUUGAUUUCAUACACCACCAAUAAAUUCCCCUCUGAAUAUGUACCAACAGUGUUUGACAACUAUGCAGUAACUGUAAUGAUUGGGGGUGAACCAUACACCCUUGGCUUAUUUGACACAGCAGGUCAGGAGGAUUAUGACCGGUUACGACCUCUAAGCUACCCACAGACUGAUGUCUUCUUAGUGUGUUUCUCAGUUGUUUCACCUUCCUCAUUUGAGAAUGUUAAAGAAAAGUGGGUUCCUGAAAUAACUCACCACUGUCCCAAGACCCCAUUCCUGUUGGUAGGCACUCAGAUUGACCUGCGUGAUGACCCCUCUACAGUGGAGAAGUUAGCCAAGAACAAACAAAAGCCAAUCACUCCUGAGACGGCGGAAAAGCUGGCUCGUGACCUUAAGGCAGUCAAAUAUGUUGAGUGCUCAGCCCUAACGCAGAAAGGAUUAAAGAAUGUGUUUGAUGAGGCAAUACUGGCUGCCCUGGAGCCCCCUGAACCUAAGAAAAGACGUAAAUGUGUUCUGCUCUAAGUUUCGUCACAGUCUUCACACCAAUUUCCAAAUCUAGGUUAACAGUACUGAAGAGGUUUUCUGCACAAGAACAUUCCACUGUGACUUGAGAUAUUUUUAAAUAUUAGCCUUCUCACUUAACCUAAAACAUAUUUUGUGUAAGACUGAUACUGUUUGUCAUAAUUUGAUGCCACUGAAAUGGUUGCUACACCAACAUGAAUGCUGAAACUUUAGAAAUUGUAAGGAACACUUGGAAGUAAUGUUUUGGUUUGGCCACAUUAUGUUGGAUUCAUCUUUGCAGAGGUUUCAUUGCUAAAUAACUGAUUAUGCAAUAUUUUAAUAGAGUUCCUGUUUCAAGAAUCCUAUAAAAUAGAGCUUUAAGCCAUGCUGUAAAUCCUGCUAAAGUCAUAAAAUGUAAUGUUUGUUUUUCAAACACUUUGGGAAAGCUCCACCUCUCAAAGGGUUAAUAGUCUUUUCAAUCAUGACAUAGCCUUCAGGUAGAUGCAAGAAACCUAAUGGAAUAUGGCAUUUCUAGGUUAUGUUCCAUCUUUGCUCUGACAAAAGUGGAAAAUCUAUAUAGUACACAAACGUCACUCCAUUUAAGUUACUAUGAGUUUGAGUGCAAUUAUAUCCCAUUCAUUUGCUUUUUGUUGUAAACAUGAAAUAAGUCAAUUAUGCCCUGAACAAUCAUCAGAAGGUGGUAAAGCUGAACUUUGUGGAAGCGUAUUUAUGCCUAAUGCUCCGCUAGUUACUUAUAUUGUAAACUGAACAUACCUGCCACUACUCUGCAGCACCACUAACAGUGUGAGAUCCUGUGGAAAUGAUUAAAUCACUUAACUGAUAUCUGUCUUUACCUAUAUCCAUUCCUAGAUUGUAGGCUUUUGAUUUCAGUUGUACAUAUAGUGAAAGUAACGUGUAAAUUAUUGACUGAAACUGUGUGCAUUACCGAUGACUGAGAAGUCUAGGCGACCCUGAAAUCAUUAACCAGAAAAUGUGUUUUUUUUUUUUUAUUCAAUUUGACAAAGCUGGACUGUAUUUUGCAUGUAAUGAAACUUCACAAUAAAACAGUAUUAUCAUUAAAUCUUACUUUUAAAAUUU